AUAUUUUCUCUGCUCUCUGAUCGUUUUUUUUUGUUCUUUCUUUGGGGCUUGAAUUUACUUUGUCGCUUGGUUUCUCUCUCGCCGAAGGGAUCUUCGUUCUCUUUCGUCUCGAGUAGUGAAAGCAACGAUGACAGCGAAGGGUAAAGAUAAAGCUAAGACCACAAGGGAAGCCUUGAAGCCAGCCGAUGACAGAAAGGUUGGAAAGAGGAAGGCACCGGUGGAUAAAGCUAGCAAACGGACAGCUCGAAAGGAGAAGAGGGCCAAAAAGGAUCCGAAUAAACCGAAAAGGCCGCCCAGUGCUUUCUUUGUGUUUCUGGAAGACUUUAGGACAACUUUCAAGAAGGAAAAUCCAAAUGUGAAAGCCGUGUCAGCUGUUGGGAAAGCUGGAGGGCAGAAAUGGAAGUCAAUGUCGGGAGAUGAGAAAGCUCCAUAUGAAGCUAAAGCUGCAAAAAAGAAGGCCGAAUACGAGAAGCUUAUGAAUGCACACAACAAGAAGAUGGACGAAGGCAGUGAUGAAUCUGAAAAGUCAAGAUCCGAGGUGAGUGAUGAAGACGAGAAAGCCAGUGGGGAGGAAGAGCAACAAGAGAAGGGAGGGGCAAGAGACGAAGAAGAAGAGGAGGUAGGGGAAGAAGAGGAAGAGGAGGAGGAGGAGGAGGAGGAAGACUGAGGUGGGAUUUCAAAGUCAUCGUAUUUUGGUAUAAGAGGGCGUUGGAAACAGCCCAACCAUGACGACACACAGUGGCAAUCCCCUCCCCCCUCCCCCAAGUAUUUUGUGGUUAAGAAACUAUAUAUAUAUAUGUAUAUGUAUAUGUAUAUGUAGGUUGGGAAAGGGUGACAUUUUGUCUACUUAACUGAAAGAAAGGCACUGUGUUUGGUUGUAUGGUAAGUUGUGACAGUCUUGACAUUUUCUGUGUUUCGGACUGGAUAACUAUGAACUCCAGUAAAGAUUGUAAUCCAACGUCGACGGUUAUUAGUA